CCAGCCCCAGGAGACCUCUGCCCAGAACCUGCCUCCAGCCCCAAGACAAUGCAGUCAGUCAGGCACACAGAGGUCAAUGGCAGUGGAAGUUCCUUCUUUGCUGCCACAGUGGGCACCAGCCUCUCCCAGGACAACGGCACCCAGCCCAACACCACCUUCCCCCAGCCACUAUGGGUACUCUACGUGCUGCUGCCGGCGGUGUACACCGUGAUCUGUGUCGUGGGGAUAGCCGGCAAUGCGGCAGUCAUCCUGGUGAUCCUGAGGGCACCCAAGAUGAAGACCGUGACCAACGUGCUUGUCCUGAACCUGGCCGUCGCAGACGGGCUCUUCGUGCUGGUGCUGCCUGCCAACAUCGCAGAGCACCUGCUGCAACGCUGGCCCUUCGGGGAACUGCUCUGCAAGCUCGUGCUGGCCAUCGACCACUGCAACAUCUUCUCCAGCAUCUACUUUCUGGCCCUGAUGAGCGUGGACCGCUACCUGGUGGUACUGGCCACCGUGCGGUCCCGCCGCGUGCCCCGGCGCACCCCACGGGUGGCAAAGGUGGCCAGCCUGUGUGUCUGGGUCGCCGUCACUGUCAUGGUUCUGCCCUUCUUCUCCUUUGCUGGCGUCUACAGCAACGAGCUGCAGGUGCCCAGCUGUGGGCUGAGCUUCCCGAAGCCAGAGCGGGCCUGGUUCCAGGCCAGUCGCAUCUACACCUUGGUGCUGGGCUUCAUGCUGCCUGUGUGCACCAUCUGUGGGCUCUACGUGGACCUGCUGCGCAGGCUGCGGGCCGUGAGACUCCGCUCUGGCACCAAGGCUCUGGGCAAGGCCAAGCGGAAAGUGACUGCCCUGGUCCUCACUGUGCUGGCUGUCUGCCUCCUCUGCUGGACGCCCUUCCACCUGGCCUCCGUGGUGGCCCUGACCACCGACAUGCCCCAGACAUCCGUGGUCAUCGGCAUCUCCUACGCCAUCACCAGCCUCAGCUACGCCAACUCAUGCCUCAAUCCCUUCUUGUAUGCCUUCCUGGACCAUGGCUUCCGCCAGAAUUUCCGCACCACAUUCCUUUGCUGAGGGCCUUGGUGCCCAGGCCUUCCCUCUCCUCCCAGAUGCAGCACCCCAGACAAGGGUGUCCCUACUGUUCCCAUCAUCCCCCUGUGCUCUCCAUACAGAAUACAUCCACCCUGCACAGACAGCCACAGAAAGACCAUGCUUCUGGACAGCCCUGCAUGGACAGAAGCAGAGACUCCGGUCCUGGCAGAAGGUACCCAAGCCUGGUCACACACAAAGGAGGGACCAGCAGAUGGCCCCCAGAUGGUCCCAUCCGUGUCCUCUCUGGGAACAGUGAUCGGUAGGGGAGGGACCCUGCACUAUGAGUUUGUCCUGGAACCAGCAAUGUAUUCCCCUAGGCUCCACCCAAAUGGGACUAUGAUGUGACCAUACUGUGGGCACCUCGGGCAGCAGAGCCAAGUGUUGCUGCCAAGGCUGAGGACAAGGACAUCAAAGGGAGCCACAAAAAUCCACCUUGGCCUGAAGCCCAGGGACAUCCACCAGGAAGCCCAUGCCCUUGGAGGCCCUGGUGACCUCUGGACCCCCACUGUCUAGAGGCUGUAUGCCCUUGGAGGAGCAGGUAUCCAAAACUCCCUUCUCCCGGGUGGGCCUGGGUCCAGAGCUGGGUGCUGGAUCUCCUCCAGGGUAGGGAUACACAGUUCAGGGGUCCAGAGGCCAUGACUGCCCAAAGACUAGUCACUCUGGGCACCCUGGCUCUUGGCCUUACAGCAUGGAGCAUCAUGCGGUGGGUUUCAGCCCUCACCACUUCCAAGGCACCCCAGAGAAGGUGCCCCCUCCCCCACUGGACCUAAGUCCAGAACAGGGCCAGCCCACCUCACUGUCCCCUCCCUGCCUCCAUGAGCCCCAAACAACUUAACUGUAAUCUCUACCUGGCAUCUUCCCUAGCCCAACAUUGUAUGUGAUACCUAUUGCUGUUUCUGCAAAAC